AUGGUUGGACCCACUACCUCCGUCGCUCCGGCAGAGCUUGCCGGCAAAAUCGCUCUGGUGACUGGUGGAAGUCGAGGAAUCGGAGCCGGUAUUGCUCUGGAGCUCGCAAAGAAAGGAGCUUCCGUUGCGAUCAACUACGCACGCGACCCCAAGUCCGCGGAGAAGACGGUCCAAGAGAUCAAGUCGCUUGGAGUCUCCGCGGCUGCAUUCCAAGCAGACUUGACCCAGCUGGACGCCAUCGAGAGCCUCUUCCGCCAAGUUGUUGAGCAUUUUGGACAAUUGGAUAUUGUCGUCUCCAACUCAGGAACAGAGAAAUUCGUCUCGCUGGCCGACACCACCCUGGAUGACUUCAACCAAGUCUUCGACCUGAACACGCGGGCUCAGUUCUUCGUGGCCAAGAAUGCGUACAACUAUCUCCAGCCCGGCGGUCGUGUGGUGCUCAUGUCGUCCAUCGCCGCGGGUGUCGGUGUCCCCGGCCACGCUUUGUAUGCUGGGAGCAAGAGCGCCGUGGAGGGUUUCACUCGCUGCUUUGCGGCCGACUUUGGCAAGAAGCGGUGCACGGUGAACGCCAUUGCCCCUGCCGGCGUGAAGAGCGACAUGUGGCUGGAGAACUCCUGGCGCUAUGCUCCAGGCUGCGACCAGAAUUCGUCGCUGGAGGAUGUCGAAGCUGCCUUGGCCAACGGAAGCCCUCUCAAGCGAUGCGCCGUUCCCGCGGACAUCGGUCGCGUCGUGGCAUUCCUGGCCAGUCCGGAUGGAGAAUGGAUCAACGGCCAGACCAUUCCCCUUAACGGGGGCUCUAGUAUUUGA